CUUCGUACUUUAGUGUGAUAUAAGCAUUGGCGAGGUGACGUCUGUUAGUGCGUGCGAAUCCGAGAUUUUUCCGUUCUCAUUUUUUUCGGACAAAUCCCUGCAGGCGAGUUAGUGCAAAUAAACUGGACGGCAGCAGGCGGCGUGUUUUCUUCUGUUGAUUCGGUGCACCAAAACGGAACCUUGUUGUGUGGUGUGGUGAAUAUCUUCCUGAAUACGGAGCGUGGCGGAGCGCGCGCUGUGACAAGCCAAAUUCGAAAGUGGCCACUUGGUUGCUGUUGUGUGUUUCAGUAUCGCAUCGCCCCCGGAACACGGAUACAACCUUCGGUGAAUCUUCGGAUCAUUUCGGAUGUCAUUUAAGAUUUUGAUCAAAUUCAAGUGUCAUCAGGAAAGUGUGUCAGCAAGUGAACAUGAGACUCGAUUGUUAGCGAGAAGUGUUAAAGACGCUGGUUUAUAUCGAGUGCUUUGAAUAACGAGCACACAUUACAAAAUCUACCACGAGUGGAAACUCCGGACACCGGAACGAAAGAGUCACCCGUCAUCCGGAUUCGUUCUACUAAAACCCGAAGAGAAGCCGUUAGCCCGAAACGAACUGUGCAAGAACUAUCACAACAAGCGUCGGCAGAGCAAAACCCAGACCCGAUGUGCCAACAACAGACCCAACACAAACCCGCAGUGUAGAUGAUUUUGUUUUGUUGUUCCCUAAGCCGGAUGGAAUAAUUAUUUCACGUGCUAUUUCACACGGCCGGAGAAAAACACCGAAAGGAUACAAACCUUCGUGCUAAAUUAUAAUAAUUACAAGCAACUAAACCGAAAGUUUUAUCUAUGUUCGAGGUGUGAUGGUGUUUCGUUUCUAGUAGGCGAGCUGUGGUGAAUUCGACGAGGAUUUUUGCCAUACCAAAUCUUAGUAGGCUUCGCUGCCAAGACAACAGUAGGCCUGGUGUGUUUUUUUCUUGUGCUGUGUAGCGACGUUCGAAUCGUGAAGAUAGCAAGCGAAUAAUUUUACCGGAAGAGCGGUAAGUGUGCGUGCCUGGCCCACAGAAUUUGGAUAAACGUAGAAUGUGCCAUCGAAUCGUUAAAUUACAGUGAUUUCAAACGUGAGUGAUAAAUCGUUCGAAGUUAGUCUAGCAGGCGCUAGUGUGACCCAAUUGUGGUGUCCCCCCCUCCGGUUAGAAGCGGUUGUUCAUUGGUAGAGUGGCAGAAAAUUUGAGAAAACCCGUGAGACAUCGUUGGCAACAGCCACAAACCGUUAAAAAUAAGCUCUCAGGCAUCACCCGACGCGAGCCCCGUGGGGCUGCGCUUGGUCGGGGUUCUGCCGUGUGCAGUAUUUGCACCGAAAGCACCGAAAUCAUCUUCCCUGGCCGUGCAUCGUCAAACAGCAGCACCGUACAGUACCAACAUAUCGAAAAGCCAGUCGUCCUUCGAUCACGAGGUAGCAUCGCCGGUGACCAUCACAAUUACAUCACCGUCGGAACUGGUCACGACCGGCAGCAACAGUACGACAACGUGUCACUGUUCCUCUUCCAAUUCUGCCAUCAAUAACGGUCAAUCAAAGACAGGCAGCAGCAGCAGUACCACACUUAAUCUUCCAGCCCCGUUGCCACCGGUUCCGCCGCGACCACCGCGUGUUCCUCUUCCCGUCUUUGCAGCGACCAAUUUAGCCAGCAUUAGGCCCCUACCGAAUCAGUCUCCCUGUUCGACCAGCCCCGGUGCAUACACGUUCACACCGGCGACGGGAGCAACAAUCACCACAACGGUUCAUCAACAUCACCAUCACUACAGCAGUAACGCGGUUCCACCUCCGCCAGUGCCACCGACUGCACUGAAUCCGAUGCUACUGGUUCCGUUCUCGGUCCCGGCCGGACUCGGGACGCCUACCAUUCCGGCGACCAAUCACCACCACCACCAUCAUCUGCAUCCGGCGGCCGGCUACACGACGACGAACAGCAUGGGCAAGUUCUCCACAUCGACGGCGGUGUUGGACGGCGGCGGCAAGAUGAAGCACGAAUCCAAACCACUCAACUGGCAAAGUACGACGACAGCCGGGACGACGAUGGCGAUUACCCCGAACGGAUACCCGAUGGUCUCCAAGGUGGACACUAGCAAAAUGUCGUCCUCGUACCACUGGCAUCUGCCCCCGACGGCGGCGAACAGUGGCGGCGGUGGUGGCGGCGGUAACCUCGUCAAGCUGCCCUGGAAGACGUCGACGAUGACGACGACGACGACAACGGCGGCGGGGACGACGGUGCGGCACCACGGUUCCAAUGAGAACUUAGAGCAUUAUCACAUAUUUGUCGGUGAUCUCAGCCCGGAAAUCGAAACACAGACACUGAAAGAUGCCUUCGCUCCUUUUGGGGAUAUAUCAGAUUGCCGCGUAGUUCGAGAUCCACAGACGCUGAAAUCCAAAGGCUAUGGCUUUGUGUCGUUCGUGAAGAAAUCGGAAGCGGAAAAUGCAAUAGCUGCCAUGAACGGACAAUGGCUCGGAUCGAGAUCCAUCAGGACAAACUGGGCCACUAGAAAACCGCCUGCUACCAAGGCAGAAUUGAACGCUAAACCGCUCACCUUCGACGAGGUGUACAAUCAAAGUAGCCCGACCAAUUGCACCGUUUAUUGCGGUGGCGUCGGAGGUACCCUGGCCGGUGGUCUCAGUGAGGAAAUCCUGCAGAAGACAUUCUCACCGUUCGGAACCAUUCAGGAGAUUCGUGUCUUCAAGGAUAAAGGCUACGCAUUUGUGAGAUUUUCAACCAAGGAAGCUGCAACCCAUGCUAUUGUCGCUGUACAUAACUCGGAAAUCAAUGCCCAAACGGUAAAGUGCUCAUGGGGUAAGGAAAGUGGUGACCCGAAUAACGCCCCCUCGCUGGCCAGUCAAGCCCUGAGCCAGGCCGGAUUCCCGUUCAACACAGCCUACGGACAACAGGUGGCCGGUUAUUGGUAUCCACCGGCACCGACCUAUCCAACAACACCCGCCCCGGCCGCUGCUCCGCUGCAGGGUCAGUUCCUUCAGGGUAUGCAAGGUUACACCUAUGGACAGUUUGCCGGUUACCAGCAGGGUUACAUGGGAAUGGGCAUGCAGUUGCCAGGUGCUUGGCCCGGAGUCCCCACUCAGGCCCAGAUUCCUGCCACCGCUCAACAACUUGCGCAAGCCGGAGUCGGUGGAGCCCUCCCGCAAGCAGCCGGAGUUGUCGCCUAUCCGAUGCAGCAAUUUCAGUUAGCUGACGAUGAGUGGCUAGCACCAAGCCUACUUGUGUAGCUCCCCUGAUGGCCAUCGUCACUGUGUGGUUGUGUGCCACAGCACAAGUAGAGCUCCUUCCCGUCGGAAACCCUUCCUCCAUCAGUCGCCAACAACACCACGAUCACACAACGCUCGUCAAUCAAUCAAUCAAAAUUGUCCAUGAAAAACUUAAGCCCCCCCUCCCCCGUACCACCCAGAAGUGAAGUGAAGUGAAGUGAAGUGAUGAAGAGAAGGAGAAAAGGUCGACUGGCGGUGGUGUGCGGUGGUGGUUGCUCUUGGUUGAUCCGUGGUGUUGCGGAAUUUCGCUGCCCUUUUUUGCCACUCGUGGUACGAGUGAAAAUUGCAGCAGCAUGCAAAUCAUAUAUAUGAAAGAAUGAAAAAAAAAAUCAAAAAUGUUGAAGUAUUAUACAUACAGGCAUGCAUGCAUUGAAAGAAAAAUUGUGGUACUUUGUACCAAAGAAAGAAAGAAAAAAUCACAAAAAAAUGAACAACCCAAGGGUAUAUAUAUAUAAAAUAUGAUAUUAAUGGUAAGACACAUACACACACUUAGAUAGUAACAAUGAAAGAAGUAGCCAUAGUGAUGUUGUAUAUAGUUACAAAGCAAAGAAAAAGUUAAAUUAAACAUGCUAGCAAAGCAAAAGAAAAACAGUAAAUGAUAUCAUUAUUAGCCACAGGUGAGAGACAUGACAUGUAAGAAAGGCAGACAACAUAAAAAUGUUAAUAUUAUAACAUAUGCACACGCAGCAAUGAAUCGUCCAAAAUCAAAAUGUGGGGGAAGUAAAACGGAAGGAGUAUUCACUGUGUGUGUGUGUUUGAACGAAAACUGGUUCUGCUGGUCGGUAGACAGCGGACUCCGUAGUUACCUUAGUAGCAUAAUCAAAGCAAGCCGUUUAGAUUAUGGAAAUAAGUUACCAUGGUUGGGUUCUGUUGAGACAAGUUUUUCGACUCCUCAUAGGAACAGUAAAAUCAAGAUUGAUGAAGUAUUAAUCCACUGAUUUCAAAUUUCGAGUCACUAUAUUUUCGAGGGUUUUUAUGACGUUUUGUAUGUUAUCAGAACGAAUCGCGCUAUUUACCAUUCGAUUCCCAGAUUCUCAAAAUGUCAAAUCAGUGCAAUACACACCGUAUUCGAAAACAAUCAGUUUCUACACGUAUUGGUUUUGUAUUACGUUUUUUCGAACCAAGACAACCAGACGUAGGGACACAUUACGAUACCGAUUUGUCACCUUUAACCAAGUAAAACAACAAACCAAUUCGUUUUAACUGAAACCUAAGCUUGAACUACUCACAUGCAGAGAAAGAAAAUCUAUAAUACACUCUUAUACAUAUACAUCCAAGAAAAAAAAAGCAACAUAGAUAGGAAUUAUUUUAAACGAAUACUUGUCAGAAUAACAAACAAAGACAAAAUAAGGGGAAGCAAAUCAAUUUGAUUCCGGUAUUUCUAGUCAAACAGACAAACAAACAAACACACAUACAUACACCACAGACACAGACACAAUAGCUGAUGAGGAUUGUUCAUAGGCUAAACUAAGUAUGUUAUUUUUAAUGAUAAAAAAAAGUGGGCCCCUUAAUUCCCAUCAUAAAAAAAACAAGUUAGUGAAUAGACAAGUAUUGAUAAAAACAGAAGAACACAAAUGGAAAACUAAAUAUUCAAAGAAGUGUGAAGCAAAUCAAGUUUAAUCAACACAACAUUAAACACACUCCCACAUAAAACCACGAAGCAAUUACCUAGAGGAAAAAAAAACAAACGUGAAACAAUUAAAUCUAAAGGAAGCAAAACAACCAAACAUAUGUUUAAAACAUAUAGUAAGUUGAACUACAAUUAUUGUAAAGCAAAAGUAUAUAACUUUGAAUACAAAACAUGACGGUAAACCCCAUGCUAUCCUAGUAGUCAAUGAACGAAAAAAAAAUCUAACCAAGUAGGCGGUAUAAACGCACAUGAUUUUAGUGUUUCUUUUGUUGAACCCGUUUGUUAUACGCUUGCGACUAGAGAAAAUGUACGGUUGAAAAAUUGAUUGAUAUUUUAGUUUCGUCCAAUUGUUAGAAACCGGCCCUCUCCCGCUUCCUCCCUCCAGUCCUCUAUCGCUCCACUAGUUAGGUUGUUAGUGCGUUCUACACAGCUUUUUUUACACGCGAAAAUUGUGAUAGGCAAACAACGGUUCGCGGGGUGUUAAAUUAGUGGUGACACACCAAGUAGUAGCCAGUAGCCGUGUGUGUAGUAGUAAUUGAUCAACUGUCACUGUGCCCCCAGUUGUUUUUUUUUGGUUCUGUCUAUUUUGACAGGCGAACCGUUUCUUGGUUUAGUUUAGUCGUUUUGUAUGUUUAAAAACGCUAAUCGAAGUAGACUCCCCUCCCUUCCCGAUGUCCGUGCUCCAACUUCCACUUUCUCUCGAAAGCCAAGUAUCAUUCUAUACCUGAAACUUGUAUAACUCUGUAUUUUAUCAACUCAAUCAUUACGAAUCGAAACGAAAAAUAGAAACAGUUGGCGGUGGAAUGCGAAAAAAUGUUCGGUGAUUUUUUAGUAUCUAUUGUCUUUUAUUGUUUUUUUUUCGGUAGAAUUUGUGUAGACAACAACAGCGACAAACAAAAAACCAGAACAAAAAAUUAUGAUCGAAGCAAACCAUGCAAACAAGUCUUCUAGUAGAACUACUACCCUCUGGCUUUAGUAAAACAAAACAGAGCAAAAUAAAAUAAAACAAAAAAAAACUAUUGAAAAUUACUCCCAGACUUUUUGAAAGGAGGCAACCAUAUCUUAUAUUAUACAUAGAGGAAACGAUAUGUCGGGAAGAAAACGGUAAAAAUUACCAUUUGGAACGUGUAAGUAGGUGGAACUUAAUUAUUCAAAUCGAAUGUCCUUUCAUUAACCUAUACAAAGCGAAAGUGUGACAAUUACGAUUAGACUACGGUGCAGAGCAGUUUUUAUCUUUCGGAAAUUCGGCGAAUUCUGCGGAAAACUUGAUAAGCAGUGAAAAGGAGGAAGAAGAGAAAAACGAACGUUAAUACCACAACCACAAUUAUAUUAAUGGGAAAAAAACCCCAAACAAACGACGCACACUAGCACACAAUUAAAACUAUAACCGAAUUAAAAACCUUUAGGUAGCUGGGUUUGUUGAUCCACGUGGGUGAGAACAGUAGGCCGGGAGAAGGCGUUCGGUAGCAACCGCGAAUUAGCAACGAACGACAUUUUAGUGCGGUGAUUUUUCAAUCCAAAUCACACAGUAGGCCGAUAGUAGCAGCCGUCAGCUGGCAUUGGCGUAAAUUUGGGUUUUUUUUCUCUUUCUUCCCUAGAUUCUCUUUGUUGUUUUUUUUUUCUUGUUAUUCUUUCAGUUGUCACCGCAUUCUGGAGAAUUGCUAUUCUUUUACAGUUGAAGGUUUCAAUUUGGACUCAAAUUGUGUUCUCUUAUUUCAUGAACAAUCAAAAUCAAAUGAGAGUUACGCCUAAUGUUUCUGUAAAAGCCCGGUUUACUGAUCGUGGAAAAAGAGAGCCUACAAUAGAGCACCGAAACAAUAGUUUUCCAGUUUUAUUCCGAGCUGUUAGCGAAGCUUAAGCCCUACAUUCCGUACUAGAUUUUGAUCACAUUUUUCCAACUGCUCGAACUCGGCAGAGGAAAUCGGCAAGGGAGAAUCGACAGGUCCCGGGUUAGACUGAGUAUUACCCCAGCAGGCUGGUUUCAAAUCGACAAGAGAUCUGUCAACUUUCUCCGGACUUCAACCUGCUCCCUGGCGGGAAUGCACUGCAACAAUGUUUUUUUUGUUAUAAUUUUUAAAAGCCGUUAACAGAGAGUAAAAAAUAACGCCUGUUUCGUUUCCGCCCAGCGUACGCACAUCCGGCGUUCAAUCAAAAUUGUAAAUAUAAUCAAAAUAACAGAAUCAGUACUAAAAACAACAAUACACAGAAUAAUCAAAGUAACUUAAAUUGACUUAAAACCAAUCGAGUGGGCGAGAUCAUAAUUGAAUAGAGCCAAAACACACAUACACACACACCACACCAACAGACACAUACACAAAAGCAAUGUAUGUUACAAGUUUCGGUUGUGACGGUAUCAACCUUCUGGAAAGAAAAAUAUAGCGAACUCGUUCAAAUCAAAUAAAGCUUGUUCCACACAAGAAAAGUUUGAUCACUCUGCCGUAAGAGUAAGUUGCACCCAGCAUUAUUUGAAUAAUUUCGAAAGUCGGAAUGCAGAACCCACACUAUUCUCAGUUGCAUAUUCGAAACAUUCAAGUCUAGUGAAGGCAAGCAAGUAUGGAAAGCGUAAUAAUAAUAAUAAUGGCAAUCGAGAACUGUUGUAGCAACCAAAUAUUUAGAAGAAGAAAAAAAAACGACAGCAAAAAUAAUCAAUAAACAUACUCAGAAUUGAUUUUCAGCAAUAAAACAGCAAAUGCAAAAAAAAGUAAUGAGAUAACGAAAGAAACCUAUCUAGAAGAGCAUAUAUAUUGAAUUCUUACACAGAAGCAAUUGCUGCAACACAUCGUCAAAGAGAGAGAAAGAAACAAAAAUUGUUCAAUUCUUGAUCCCCCUGUUACUGUCCCCUGUGUUCCGAUCGUGUUAUCGUCUUGUUUUGUUCUUAGGAAAAAUAUUACCAAUGGCGAAAAAAAAGUGAACGAAAACUAAAACUUACAUUUAAAGAGAGAAAAAAAAACAUAACACACACUCACACUUACUAUCCUGUGAUUUUAGCUGAAAUUAGUGCAAAAAAAAAGAAGAAAAAAAAAUGUUGGCUGUUGACUAGUUCUUGUUUUUGUUUUUGGGUUUUCUAUAGGUACUUUGUUCCUUUUUUUUAUAUCGGGAUUUUCGGUUUUUUGAAAUUCUGUCCAGUCUAGAUUCAAAAUCUACUACUCCCUACUGUUUUUUCCGUGUGCACGAGUGUUUUUUUCUCUUGGUUCGGAAAUUGGUUGAUCCAAUCCCGUUUGUUUGUUUGUUUAUUCCGUCUCUUGUUCUCUUCGGUUUUGGACUCCAGUUUUCCGUUCCGAGUCUGGUCUAGUUUGUUCCAUACUAAUUGAGGCAAUUAUCAUUGAUGGAACAAAUUGUGGAUACAUAUUUUUAAUGAAAUUAUAUUAAAACGAAGAGUAAGGAAAACCAUAUAUUAGUAAAAUGAGUAUAUUUAUAGUGUUAUACUUGAAAUAACAACAUAACUGAUAUGGAAAUAUAAAUUUAUUAUAUAUACAUUAAACAAGUGAAAGGUAAAUAAUCUAUAUAAUGAAAAAAUAAUAUAUGAAUUGAAUGUAAGGCAUUUUUUACCAGAAAACAAAACAAGAAAAAAGACAAACCAAUAUAUAUACACAACACACAUAUAAACUAUAUAUUACGAGCAUGGAGAAGCAUACCAAGUUGGGAGAAAAAAUAUGCAAAAUAACGAAAUAAAAGUUAAAUGAACAGAAAACAAAAUGAGAAUAAGUAAAGGAAUUAUAUACAAGCAUGAAUUGAUUAUUUUGACGAAAGCAAAAACCAAAAAAAAACAUACUAUAUUUAUAACUAAGAAAUAAGCAAACAACCAAGUACAGUUAAACGAGACCAUAGUCAAUAGCAUGCAAUUAUAGCUCAGAACAAGAAGAAGAAGAAAAAAUCACUCACAAGACAAGAGAAAACUAACUUUCGAAUCGCAGUGGAAAGCAAUUUUUUCCUACCGUCGGUGGUGGGCGAUCGCUUUCUGUUUUUUCGUAUCCGCUACGUUCCCCCCCAAAACUUAUCCAAUUCCGCAUCCCCAAAACCCCUCCCCUUGCUACCAAGACAUUUUUAUCAGGCCGCCGUCAUACAAAUCGCGAAUUCGAGCAGAAACUGCUCGUACUCGCGGAGAACAGUUUUCUUUCCCGUUGCGCUAAUAAAAUAUACGCCAAUCCCCCACUCCCAGAAAUAUCUUACAAGAAAACUAGCAAGUAAUAGUGGCAAGAAAUUAAAGAGAGCAAAAAAAUAAUGACUUAAGUGGAGAAAAAAUAUUACAACAUAUGCACAGUAUAGAUGUAGAAGCACAAAACAACAAUGAUUAAGCAAACCAAAAAAAAAAUGUUAUAAACCACAAUGGAGAAAAAAAAAGAAACGAAAAUUGAUUUUAAGGCGAAAAUAAAAAAAAUCAAAUUAACUAAAAAACGAGUAGAAACAUAAAAAGUCGACAGAGAAAGGGGCGAAAUAUUUUGGUUUUAUUUCCACAAAACCAAAAGCCAUUGACGGCAACAGCCGAGCAUUCCGCGAGACAUGAUGGAAAUCAAUUUCCAUGUUUCCGUAAACUGCGGUGCGGUGGUUGACUAACGGAUAGGUGUUUUAUUUCAUCUUUUCUGAGCGGAAUGGAACACGCAAACAGCGUUACAAGAAACGACGGAGGUCACGGUGGCCGACUUUCACACUCGAAUGCCGUGUGCAGUAAAGCGAAAGAUCCGAUUAUUUGGCGGACGGAAACGCACGGAACCGAUUUGUCAUAUUUUUUUCCAGCAAAAAAAAAACGAACGAUUUUUAACAUUUUGAUAUCCAUUUGAUAACCAAAUAGUGAAGAGAAAAAAAACAAGAGAGAUGAGACAAAUCCGGAACGAAAAAAUGAAAAAAAAACAAGUCACAAUGCAACCAACACUGAGACAUGAAUUGGUGGAAAUCACGCAACAAAAAAAUGGCGUCUCGAGCGACAACAUCGUUGAAAAAUCAAGAGUGAAAAAUUUACAUUUUACUAUUAUUUCAUCAAAGCGAACGAGAAGGAAAAUGUGUAGAAAUGAAAAAAAAAACUGAAACAAGAAGUAAAAGAUAAAACACCGCCACUGGAAGCCACGUGCUCUGUGUAUGAUUUGAAUCGAUAAAUUGGGUUUAAUCGAACAGCAAGAUAAGCAAAGUAUGUGAAAAACUAAACAAUAGAAAGAUAAGUGACACACGAAGAGCAAGCAAAAAAAAAACACACACACACAUUCACGAUACAAUUAUUGUAACAGAGAAGUAAGAAGAACAAAAGAAGCAGACAAAAAUAUAUUAGUAAUAACGUUAUAUAUGAAAAGGAAAAUUAUCAAUAAACAUGGUAAACAAAAAGAGAA